AUGUCGGGACGAGCUUUCAGAAAAGCCAUAAACAAAGAGUACGAACUCGCUUCGAAACGUAAGAAUGCUGUUGACUCAAAUGAGGUGCUAGAGGAAGAGGAAUCUGACCACGAACCUCCAAAAAAGAAUUUGUUUGAUUUGCUCAACCAAGACGGUGAUGAUGUCGAGGAUCAAAACUCUGAAGAAAACGAAGAUAAAAUUCAAGAAAAGAAUAUUGCAGAGGAACCGGAUAAAAAAUCAAAGGCAGGGAAAAAGGUUGAAGAGAUGAGUGAUACCGAGUUAGAAAGGUUGAUCAGAGAAGUCUCGGACAA